AUAAAUAAUUAACCAUCACACACAAGGGUAAAAUCUCAAGUUUUUUGACAUCCUCGUUCAACCAGUAAGCAACAUUUAGCUAGGCUUAUUCCUUUUGGUGAUGAGCAACAUUGGAUAAAUCAUGUUCCCUGUGAGAUUUCCCCAUGUGCAAUUAUGGACUCCGAGUCCUUGAGUUAGUUAAUGAUAAUGCCUUGUUUUUUUAUUUAAAAAAAAAAAAAAAAAAAAACCAUUAAGCUACAUCCUCGAUUUAUACGAGAUAUAUUUCCGGCCCAGCCCAAUAAAAAGAGCACUACCCAAAAGGCCCAAAUUUAAAGGCCCAAUAUCAAAAAGCCCAACAUCAAAGGAGAGUUUCAUACAAACAGACGCGUAAAUAGACGAAGUAACACGGAGAAGAAAACAAGGCCCCGCAUAACAUCCACGCAACCCACAACUCUUUACAUCGUCAGCUCGUCAAUGCUUUUAUUCCCAUUUUCAACCGCUCUUCUUCGAAUCAUCCCGCAAAUUCAAUUCCAAUUUUCGUUAAAUUUUACAUUCGAUUAAAAUUUGUUGUUCUUAAAUUUGAUCCUUCUAUAAUUCAAAAUAAAAAAUAAAAAAUGGAAAUUGAUGGAGGUGGAGGAGAAAUGGUGAUGAAAAUUGAUCGAAGAGUAGAAGCACUGGGUAAUCUUAGAGUUUUACCAGAUGAAGUUAUUUCUGAAAUUAUCAGUUUUCUCUCUCUUCAAGAUGUUGCUCGUCUUUCUUGUGUUAGCAGUGUAAUGUACAUAUUCUGCAAUGAAGAGCCUCUCUGGAUGAGCCUAUGCUUGAAAACUGCAAGUGGUCUCCUUGAAUAUAAAGGUUCAUGGAAGAACACGACACUUCAACUAAAUACUGCACAUGGAAAUGAAGCACCUCUAAGGAAGCGCUUGCAUUUUGAAGGAUUUUACUCAUUGUUCUUGUACAAGAGGUGGUAUCGGUGCUAUACCUCACUGGGCGGUUUUUCUGUGGAUAAUGGAAAUGUGGAGAGGAAAAACAAUCUUUCUAUGGAGGACUUCCAAAACAAGUAUGAUGGAAAGAAGCCGGUUUUGAUUGCUGGUUUAGCUGAUUCCUGGCCAGCAAGAGAGGAAUGGACUUUAGACCAACUAUUGCUCGAUUAUGGGGAUACAACUUUCAAAAUUUCUCAACGGAGUCCUCGGAAAAUUAAGAUGAAAUUUAAGGAUUAUGUCUCCUACAUGAAACUUCAGCGUGAUGAGGAUCCUCUAUAUAUAUUUGAUGAAAAGUUUGGAGAAGUGGCACCAGGUCUUCUGAAGGAGUAUGCUGUGCCUCAUCUUUUUCAAGAGGACUUAUUUAAUGUUCUGAACCCAGAUCAACGUCCACCAUAUAGAUGGCUCAUCAUAGGACCAGAGAGGUCUGGAGCUUCCUGGCAUGUGGAUCCAGCUCUUACUAGUGCUUGGAACACUCUUCUAUGUGGGCGUAAAAGGUGGGCACUGUAUCCUCCAGGUAAAGUACCUUUAGGUGUUACUGUGCAUGUAAAUGAAGAGGAUGGUGAUGUGAAUAUUGAGACCCCAUCAUCUUUACAGUGGUGGCUUGAAUUUUAUCCACUCCUUCCUGAUGAAGACAAGCCUUUGGAGUGUACUCAAUUGCCUGGUGAAACAAUAUUUGUCCCAAGUGGUUGGUGGCAUUGUGUGCUGAAUCUGGAGCCCACUGUUGCAGUUACACAAAAUUUUGUUAACUCCACAAAUUUUGAGUAUGUAUGUCUGGAUUUGGCUCCAGGAUUCCGUCAUAAAGGGGUUUGCCGUGCUGGAUUUCUUGCUCUUGUUGAUGGAAAAUUUGAGGAUAUGGAUGAGGUUACAUCCUUUGCUAGAAAUUGUUCGAGUCCAAGAGAUGUGCUUAGGAAAGAAAAACGAAUCAGAUCAGACCAUGUGUGCUAUGAUAGUGCUAGCAAUGCUGCUGCUGCUAAUUGUUGUAAUGUCUGGAAUAAUGACCUUCCAUAUGAUAUUAAUUUCUUAUCAAAGUUUUUGGAUGAGCAUCGGGAUCAUUACAACUCUAUGUGGAGCUCUUCCAACUGCAUCGGACAGAGAGAGAUGAGAGAAUGGUUAUGGAGGCUUUGGAUAGGAAAACCAGGAAUGAGAGACUUGAUAUGGAAGGGAGCAUGUCUUGCCAUUAAUGCAGGGGAAUGGUUAGAAUGCAUUGAGCAGGUUUGCAAGUAUCACAAUUUGUCUUCUCCUAGCAAUGAUGAAAAGUUGCCUGUCGGCACAGGCAGUAAUCCUGUUUAUUUGAUUGCGGAGAAUGUAAUUAAAAUCUAUGUUGAAGGAGGGCUGGAAUCUUCAGUUUAUAGUUUGGGCACUGAGCUUGAGUUUUACAAUCUACUAUUGCAAGUGAAAUCUCCUUUGAAGGAGCAUGUUCCUGAUGUCUUGGCCAGUGGUUUUAUUUCUCUUGACAAUGGAUCUUACACUAUCGCACCUUGGGAUGGUAAAGGAAUGCCUAAUGUGAUAGCUGACAACAUUUCAAUGAUCGAGGACUGCAAUGGUUAUGGAAAUUCUUUUGGUUUAUGGAGCAAAAAGUUGUUUGAUUACAAAAAUGCAGGACUCCAUGCUUCUGAAAUCAGUAAUCUACCUGAAAACACAAAGAUCUGGCCUUACAUUGUGACAAAAAGAUGCAAAGGAAAAAUAUUUGCUGAGCUACAGGAUUCACUGUCUUGGGAGAAUGCGCUGGAUUUGGCUUCUUUCUUAGGGGAGCAACUACAUAACCUUCAUAUAUUGCCCCUUCCUCAGCAUGAUAACUUAAAUUUCGCAAAUAUUAGAAGGGAACUUGGCUUGGCUCCCAGUAUUACUUCUAUGAAAAUUGAUUCUCUUGAUUCUAAUGACGCUGCAGUCUGGGAGAUAUUUCUCCACAGCCUUAUUAAAAAGGAUGUCGUGAGCCACUUGAAAAAAUGGGGAAACCCUAUACCAGAUAGCCUCAUUGAGAAAGUUGUUGGAUACCUUCCCAAUGAUAUCAAGAAGUUGCAUUCUAUAUUUGAGGGAGCAACAUGUUCUUGGAUACAUUCGGACAUCAUGGAUGACAACUUAUAUUUAGAGCCUCAAAGUAGCAUCCAUUUAUCUGACCAUUCUGACAAUCAAUCUGGAAAUGGAAGCAUGAAAAACGGAGAAGUGGAGUCAUGGAAGGCUUCUCACAUUCUUGACUUCAGCAAUCUAUCAGUUGGUGAUCCUAUUCUCGACUUAAUCCCUAUUCACCUAGAUAUAUUUAAAGGAAAUCCACACUUGCUUAAGCAGCUACUAUCCAGAUAUAAGCUUCCAUUUUUCAACAAGGGCUCUCAAAAUAAUCUGACCAAAGAGGUCAUGAAGUUUCAGCGGGCCUCUUAUCGUGCAAUGUGUUACUGUAUACUCCAUGAGGAUAACAUUCUGGGAGCUAUUUUUAGCAUAUGGGAGGACUUGAAGGACGCCAACUCUUGGGAAGAUAUUGAGGAACAAGUUUGGGGAAUUCUGAACGAGAGUAUGGAUUUAUCUUAGUUCUGUGACCAAAGAUAUUAAGAUAACAUCCUUUUUUUCAAAAAAAAAAAAUCUUCGUCUCCAAUUCUCAGACCUAUUUAGUCAGUGCUGUGACUUUCAUCUUUCAUGAAUGUAUUUCCAAUUGUAGAUUUUUAUAUACCAUUCUUUGUAACUCCCUUUCUUCAGCAAUAGAAAUUUUUUCACUUGCCUGUAAAA